AUGGAACCGACAUCCGUUGCCACUCCUCCAGCUUCGAACACUGAGAAUUACUCGGCCAAAGUAUCAGCUGAAAAUGGCAAUGCACAUGAUUCACCAUCCUGGUCACCAGCUUCUGGUAUAUCUUCCUGGGCAAGAAAUCUGAGGCUUGGGGCAGCAGAUCAGAACUCACAGACUGAGAACAAUGGCAUGUCGGUAUUUGCUCGCUUGACUAGUGGGAUUGGACGACGAGUUCCUUCAAAUGAGACUGCUACGGUCAAUUCAGGAUCCGAUCAAAGUAAUUUAAUUGAAUCAUUCACCAAAGGGUUGAUGGACUCUUCGAAGAAUGCAGUAAAAGCGGUGCAGACCAAAGCACGCCAUAUUGUCUCUCAAAAUAAACGCAGAUACCAGGAAGGUGGGUUUGAUUUGGAUAUGACAUACAUCACUGACAAUAUAAUAGCUAUGGGAUUUCCUGGUGGUGAUUUUAGCUCUGGAAUUUUUGGGUACAUUGAGGGGUUCUAUCGAAAUCACAUGGAAGAAGUAAUCAAGUUUUUUGAAACUCAUCAUAAGGGAAAAUACAAAGUAUACAAUCUUUGUUCAGAGAGGUUGUACGAUGGGUCGCUUUUCCAAGGGAAGGUUGCAAGCUUCCCUUUUAGUGAUCAUAAUUGCCCUCCUAUUCAACUUAUAGCAUCAUUUUGUCAAAGUGCAUAUUCAUGGUUGAAGGAGGAUAUCCAGAAUGUAGUAGUUGUUCAUUGUAAAGCAGGUAUGGGAAGGACAGGAUUGAUGAUUUGCAGUCUUCUUUUGUUGCUUAAGUUCUUCCCCACUGCUGAGGAAGCCAUUGAUUGCUUUAACCAGAAAAGAUGUAUAGAUGGAAAAGCUCUAACUCUCCCAAGUCAGAUUAGAUAUGUCAAAUACUUUGAACGGACUUUAACACACUUCAAUGGAGAAGUCCAGCCUGGGCGAAGGUGUAUGCUAAGAGGGUUUCGGCUUCACAAAUGCCCUUAUUGGGUUAGACCAUCCCUUACGAUUUCUGAUCAUAAUGGAAUUCUUUUCACAACGAAAAAGCAUCCCAAGACAAAGGAUCUAAUGCCAGAAGAUUUCUGGAUCAAUGCACCAAAGAAAGGAAUUGUGGUCUUUGCUUUACCUGGGGAGCCUGGUGUGACAGAAUUGGUUGGGGACUUCAAAAUUCAUUUUCAUGAUCGACAGGGAGAUUUUUUCUGUUGGAUGAAUACAACAAUGAUAGAGAACAGAAAAAUUUUAGAUGGCUCAGAUCUUGAUGAUUUUGACAAGAGAAAAAUCCCUUCUCCAGGGUUCCAGGUCGAAAUUGUGAUGGUAGACUAUAAUGGCACUCUACCUGGAAAAGUCAAAUCUGCGAGCAAAGGAUCUGAUAGCAACAAAAACAAUGUCUUAUCCGGUAGAAAGCCUACAUCUAAUACAAUUGAAACUAAGGGACCUACAAACAGAGAUGAUGAUGUUUUCUCUGAUAGCGACGAAGAGGAGACCAAGGGAAAACAAAAGAGAGAAGCUGCAACUGGGCAUGUAGAGAUGUUGGCACACUCAACGAAUCAGUUGUCACUUCAGCAUGCGGAACUUACAGAAAACAAUGAUUCUAAAGAAUCAACUAAAGAUAAACUUCAUAAAACUCAUGCAGGCCCUAACACCUCCAAUAUGGAAUCUACAGGGGCAAGUGAAAUCAAGGCAAUUGCAGCAGAUGCUUCUGUUUUUUCUUUUGGAGAUGAAGAUUUUGAGAGUGAUUCAGAGGAGGCUGGUUGA